CGGCGCGGAGUGCGCAGGCGCGCGCCGCCGGGCCUGAAGUCUCGCGAGGGCGGGAAAUGGCGGGCGCCGCCUGAGGAGAAGGAGCGGCCCGUGACGGGGGGGGGUCGUCAGGGGUCGCGCCCGCCGCCGAGGCCUCCGGGGCGAAGACAUGGGUCCUGAGGCGGAGCGGGCGGGGAGCGCCCAGCCGGUGCUCCGCGUGAGCCAGCUGGACGCCCUGGAGCUGGACCGGGCCCUGGAGCAGCUGAUCUGCUCCCAGCUGACGCAGUGCUUCCACGGCUUCCAGCCCGGCCUCCUCGCCCGCUUCGAACCCGAAGUCAAGGCCCUCGUGGGGCUCCUCCUGUGGCGCUUCAGCGUCUACUCGCGGGACGCCACCGUGGGCCAGGGCAUCCUGGGCAUCCGCUACGACCGCGGCGGCCCCCUGAGCCGGCGCCAGAAACUGGGCUUCGCCGCCAGCGCCGUGGGCGGCCCCUGGCUGGAAGCCCGGGCCUUCGACCUGUGCCGCGCCCGCCGCCCGCUGCCCCCGGCUGGCCUCGGGCGCUGGGCCGGCCUGGCCGCGGGGCUGCUGAAGCUGGCCGGGCUGCUCAACUUCCUCCUCUUCCUCCGCGGCGGGCGGUUCGCCACGCUGACCGAGCGCCUGCUGGGCCUGCGCUCCGUCUUCGCCCGCCCGCAGGGCGCCCGCCAGCCGGCCUUCGACUACAUGAACCGGGAGCUGCUGUGGCACGGCUUCGCCGAGUUCCUCAUCUUCCUGUUGCCCCUCGUGAACGUCCAGAAGCUGAAGGCCAGGCUCCGGUCGUGGCGCUUCCCCGCAGCGAGGGAGACCCCCGGGCCCGAGGCCCCGGCCCCCCGAACCACCCGGGCCUGCGCCCUGUGCGGCCAGUGGCCCACCCUGCCCCACACCGUGGGCUGCCCGCACGUCUUCUGCUAUUACUGCAUCAAGACCAGCUGCCUGAUGGACGCCCGCUUCUCCUGCCCCGCGUGUGGAGCAGAGGCGCAAGACCUGCAGCCCCUCCGCUCCUCCAUCGAGAUGGAGGAAGUCUCCGGGCCGUAGAGGCCGGCACCUGGGCCGCCGACUGGACUCUCACCACGCGGCUGCUGACCCACCCGUCCGAGGGGGCUCGGUUUCCGGGCCGCCGUACGGCUCCAAUUUGUUCCUACCGCCCAUCUCGCCCGACCCGCGGCCUUCGAAAUAAAAUCGUG